AUGCCCGCAUCGUCUCUAGCCCGGCUCAUGGCCGCCAGACUGCCGCCAUCCACCACCUCGAAUGCCUCGGCCGCAGCACGCAGCCACUUCUCCCACAGUCCCAUCACACGCCGUGGCUCCGCCUUCGGUCUCCAGUCUCGGCCGUCGCUCCUGUCCCACCGCAUCGCAGCGCGCUCCCCCGCCGGCCCCUCGACCCUCUACGGCAAUCGCUUCGUCCACGUCCGAGCGCUCAGCUUCAACGCAGUCCCAAAGGCCGUCUUCCGCGCAGCCCGCCUCCCCGCCUACGGUCUCGCCGCCGGCGGUGGCGCCCUCGCCUACGCAAACUACAAGGUCGACGAGUUCCGCGACUUCCUCGGCGGCACCUACCACCGCAUCUCGGACAGAGCCCUCGACGCCUUCGACUCCCUCUCGGCAUUCGGCUCCGACGCCCUCGACAACGCUCGCUCCGGCUUCGACGCCCUCUCAGACUCCAUCGACGGCAUCAAGCCACCCACCAUCCAAGCACCCGGCUUCAUCAGGGACUUUUUCCAGUCGCUACGGGGUGACGGGCAGCAAGGUCAGAGCGGCAGACAGGGCGGCCAAGAUGCAAACGGAGGAGGCGGAGGCGGAGGCGGAGGCGGAGGCGGAGGCGGAGGCGGAGGCGGACCGAACCCGGGCGAGGCUGGUGCGGCAGCGGCGGCGGCUGCUGGCCUCUCGACGGCCAUCUUUGGCGACGAUGACGACGACCAGGGCAAGAACGUCGGCUCGGGCGGCCGCUCGCCGCCCACGACGACCGAGGAGCUGAUGCUGCUCACGCGCAAGUUGAUCGAGGUCCGCAACAUCCUCAAGGAAAUCGACCACGAGAGCGAACAGCUCACCCUGCCCAGCAUCGUCGUCAUCGGCUCCCAGAGCAGCGGCAAGAGCAGCGUGCUCGAAGCCAUCGUCGGCCACGAGUUCCUGCCCAAGGGCAACAACAUGGUCACCCGCCGGCCCAUCGAGCUCACGCUCAUCCACACCCCCGCCACGCCCGGUCGCGCCACCAAGGACACCGUCGUCGAGUACGGCGAGUUCCCCGGCCUCGGCCUCGGCAGGGUCACCGACUUUUCCCACAUCCAAAAGACGCUCUACGACCUCAACAUGGCCGUGCCAGCGUCCGAGUGCGUCAGCGACGAGCCCAUCGAGCUGCGCAUCCACAGCCCGCACGUGCCCGACCUCACGCUCAUCGACCUGCCGGGCUACGUGCAGAUCUCGAGCAUGGACCAGCCAGAGGAGCUGCGCGACAAGAUCGCCAACCUCUGCCACAGGUACAUCCAGGAGCCCAACAUCAUCCUUGCCGUCUGCGCCGCCGACGUCGACCUGGCCAACUCGCCGGCGCUGCGCGCCAGCCGGCAGGUGGACCCGCUCGGCCUCCGCACCAUCGGCGUCGUCACCAAGAUGGACCUCGUGCCGCCCGAGGUCGGAGCGGGCAUCCUGUCCAACAACAAGUACCCGCUUGCGCUGGGCUAUAUCGGCGUCGUCUGCAAGAACAACCUCAGCUUCCUGCAGAGCAGCAAGGGCCACGACCGGGCCGGCGACGGCCGCAUGUCGAGCGCGGUGCUCAAGCAGGAGGCCGAUUUCUUCAAUGCCAAUCGCGAGCACUUCCGAGCGCCGGCGCGCGGGCGCAACGCGGGCAUCGAGCCCAUGACGGGCACCGACACGCUGCGGCGCCGCCUGAUGAGCGUGCUCGAGGAGAGCAUGGGCCAGUCGCUGCACGGCAUCGCCAAUGCGGUGCAGGUCGAGCUCGAGGAGGCGUCGUACCAGUUCAAGGUGCAGUACAACGACCGGUCCAUCACGGCCGAGAGCUACGCGGCCGAGACGAUGGACGCGCUCAAGCUGCGCUUCAAGGAGUUUGCGGCCAAUUUUGGCAAGCCCGAGGUGCGGGCGUUGCUCAAGCAUGCGCUCGACGAAAAGGUCAUGGACAUCCUGGCGCAGAUGUACUGGUCCGACUCGCGGACGCCCGAGCUGACGCAGCUGGCCGACAACCGCAAGCUGAGCCCCGAGGAGCUCGACCGGUACUGGCAGCACAAGAUCGACGCCAGCUCGAGCGCGCUGACCAAGAGCGGCAUUGGGCGCACCAGCACGCAGCUCGUCGUCGACGCCAUCCGGACGCAGAUCGAGUACCUGGCCCGGUCGGAGCCGUUCAACCACCACCCCGAAUCGGCCGAGAGGAUCAUGGCGUUUUCGACGGCCAUCCUGCGCGACCGCUUUGGGCUGACGGCCGACCAGGUCGAGAACUGCGUCAAGCCGUUCAAGUACGAGGUCGAGGUGGAGCCCAACGAGUGGGAGAGCGGGCGGACGCGGUCGAUUGGCCUGGUGGAGCGGGAGCUGUCGAUGUGCGACACGGCGCUCAACGGCAUCAAGAAGAUGCUGGGCACGCGGCGGCUCAAGGGGGCGAUGGAGUACGUCCAGAUGAUGGAGGAGCGCGAGCGCAAGCGGGCCAUGGCGAGGAUACGCGCCCGAGAGGCGGCCUCGGCGGCGGCGGCGGCGGCAGCGUCGGACCGGGGCGACGGGGCGCUCGCCUCCGCCAACAACGACGACGACGACGACGACGAUGCCAACGACCCGACGCGGCCAGACUACAACUCGGCGCUGCUGAUCAAGGCGCGCGAGGCCAUCUUCCUGAGCGAGCGGUCCAAGAUGCUCAAGAUGCGGCUCGACGCGCUCAAGGCGAGGCGGUGCAAGCUGGGCCCGGAGAGCAAGGCCUUCUGCCCAGAGGCCUUUCUCAACGUCGUGGCCGACAAGCUCACCUACACGGCCGUCAUGUUUAUCAACAUUGAGCUGCUGAGCGAGUUCUUUUACCAGUUCCCUCGCGAGAUCGACUCGAGACUCAUCUACGACCUGGGCAAGUCGGAACUGGCCAAGUUUGCACGCGAGAACCCGGCCGUCAAGAAGCAUCUGGACCUGCAGCAGCGCAAGGAGAAGCUCGAAAUGGUCAUGGAGAAACUCGACGGACUAGUCAAGAUCUACUCGGACAAACAGUCUCCCGGUUCCUCGUCGUCCGGGUCGCAUCACCGCGGUUCCUCGACGGGAUCUAGAUGGUCCUUUUUCUAG